CCUCCCCGCGCCGGCGUGCGCGCCGCUGCUGCCUCUUUCCCUCCCUUCUUCCCUCCCUCUCUCUCUCUCUCCCUCCCUGCCGCGGUGUAGCACGAGCAGCGCGGCCGGAUUGCGGCGGAGGCGGCCAUUCCUUAACACAGCGAGAGAGAGAGAGCGCGAGCGCAGCGUGUGCCCUCCCCCCCCGCGGGCUCGGUCGCGCUCAGGAGAUGCCCUCGGCUACCAACAGCACCAUGGCGAGCAGCACCACCGGCGGCAGCGGCGGUGGCGCCGGCAAAGCCGCGCCGGGCAGCGAGGCCGCCCCGGCGGUGGCGGCGGCGGCCCCGCAGGCGGCGGCGGCGGGUGUGAACAUCACUACGGUGCAGACCGAGGCCAUGAAGCAGAUUCUGGGGGUGAUCGACAAGAAGCUGCGCAACCUGGAGAAGAAAAAGAGCAAACUUGAUGAUUACCAGGAACGAAUGAACAAGGGAGAACGUCUGAAUCAAGAUCAGCUGGAUGCAGUGUCAAAAUACCAGGAAGUGACAAAUAAUCUGGAAUUUGCUAAAGAACUGCAGAGGAGUUUCAUGGCUCUGAGCCAAGAUAUCCAGAAGACAAUAAAGAAGACAGCUCGCAGGGAGCAGCUGAUGCGGGAGGAGGCUGAGCAGAAGCGUUUAAAGACUGUGCUGGAGCUGCAGUUCAUUCUGGAGAAGCUGGGGGACGAUGAAGUUCGCAGUGACCUGAAACAAGGCUCCAGUGGGGUCCCAGUGCUGACAGAGGAGGAGCUCACAAUGCUGGAUGAGUUCUACAAGCUGGUUUACCCUGAACGAGACAUGAACGUGAGGUUGAAUGAGCAGUAUGAGCAAGCAUCUGUUCACCUGUGGGACUUACUGGAAGGGAAAGAAAAACCAGUUUGUGGAACAACCUACAAAGCCCUGAAGGAGGUGGUUGAACGGAUCCUUCAGACCAGUUACUUUGACAGCACCCACAACCACCAGAACGGGCUGUGUGAGGAGGAGGAGGCAGCACCUGCCUCUGCAGUAGAAGACACUGUGGCAGAGGCUGAACCUGAUGCAGCAGAAGAAUUUACUGAACCAACUGAAGUUGAAUCAACUGAGUAUGUAAACAGACAAUUCAUGGCAGAGGCUCAGUUCAGCAGUAGUGAGAAGGAACAGGUAGAUGAGUGGACAGUUGAAACGGUUGAGGUCGUAAAUUCGCUGCAGCAACAGACACAAGCGACAUCUCCUCCUGUUCCUGAACCUCACACGCUCCCCACUGUGGCUCAGGCAGAUCCUCUGGUGAGAAGACAGCGAGUACAGGACCUCAUGGCCCAGAUGCAGGGCCCCUACAACUUCAUGCAGGACUCAAUGCUGGAAUUUGAGAACCAGACACUUGAUCCUGCCAUUGUAUCUGCACAGCCUAUGAACCCAGCACAGAGUUUGGACAUGCCACAAAUGGUUUGCCCUCCAGUUCAUGCUGAGUCAAGACUUGCCCAGCCUACUCAAGUUCCUGUGCAACCAGAAGCUACACAGGCUUCAAUGUCACUGAAUGCAGACCAGACCCCAUCCUCAUCAUCACUUCCUACUGCAUCCCAGCCCCAGGUGUUCCAGGCUGGAUCCAGCAAGCCUUUGCAUAGCAGCGGAAUCAAUGUCAAUGCAGCUCCAUUCCAAUCCAUGCAAACAGUAUUCAACAUGAAUGCACCUGUUCCUCCUGUUAAUGAGCCAGAAACCCUUAAGCAGCAAAAUCAGUACCAGGCCAGUUACAACCAGAGUUUCUCCAGUCAACCUCACCAAGUAGAACAAUCAGAUCUUCAACAAGAACAACUCCAGACAGUGGUUGGUACUUACCAUGGAUCCCCAGACCAGACUCACCAGGUGGCAGGCAACCACCAGCAACCUCCCCAGCAGAACACUGGGUUUCCCAGGAACAGCCAGCCUUACUACAAUAGCCGAGGGGUGUCCCGUGGGGGAUCUCGCGGGGCCCGGGGGCUCAUGAACGGUUACAGGGGACCGGCCAACGGAUUCAGAGGGGGAUACGAUGGAUACCGUCCUUCCUUUUCCAACACUCCAAACAGUGGUUAUACGCAGCCCCAGUUCAAUGCUCCUCGGGAUUACUCAAAUUACCAGCGGGAUGGAUAUCAACAGAAUUUCAAACGUGGCUCUGGACAAAGUGGACCUCGGGGAGCUCCUAGAGGUCGUGGAGGACCCCCAAGACCAAACAGAGGGAUGCCUCAGAUGAACGCUCAGCAAGUGAAUUAAACACGUUCACAGGAUCACAUUCAACGCCAAAAACACGCUGGCCAGUGUACAAUACAUGUUACCAGAAGAGUUACUAUCUAUUUGUUCUCCCUUACAGGAAGUUUGUUGUAAAGGGACUAUUUUCAUUACCCAUAAUGACAGGACUACAGUUGCCAGCUUUAUAUUACCUGGAUAUCGAAAGGAACGAAACAACGUUUACUCUGCAUGUUCUGUCCUAAGCAUCAUCUUGAGCCUUGCACAUGAGAUUCAGAUUCCUCACCCUUGCUAAGAGUAAAGCAAAAAAAAAGGCAAUUUACAGGGUGAUCCAAUCUCCAUGGUUAACUGAAGUGGCAGGAAAAAAGUAAAGACUCACUUCUGACAUUUAAAAGCGAUUUAACAAAUUGGGAUAAAAUCUGCAAAUUCAUAAAUAUUUACUGUGGUGGCAGUUGACAAAACUUAAUGUGCCCAUGAAAGGAUGGAAAAGGUGAAGUGUGGCUUGGUAGAGCAACUGCAUUUCAGCUUUUUCUUAUUAAAUUGAAGCACUGAACAGUUAAAGAUGUGUAGUGAUGCGACUGCCCUCAAUAGACAGAUGGGCUUAGAGCCAGUUUUUGACAAAGAAGCACCCUUAGCUGCAGCCUCCUCCUCACCAGGGCCCUGAAUCCUGUGGCUAAGGAUUUAAGAACGCUUGCAUAACUGCUAAUGUAACUGUGUAACUAUUUUUUUUUUUAGGAGAAAAGGAAAAAAAAAACCCAAAACCAAAGCUUUGAUUUGACACUUCAACAAAAUUUUGCAACAAAUGUGAGAUAUAAUCUGGAUGGCCACUGUAUAUUUGAUGUGAAGUAUUUAGGUAUCUCUCUGAAACACUUUUAAGUUUCUUUGAUAGCAAUGACUUUUGUAAGGAUUGGUAUUCUCUAUCAUUCCUUAUGACUUGCACAUUGUCUGUCACUAAUACUUGACCUUGCUGUAUUAUCACCUAAAUAACUGAUGCCGGUACUGAUGGAAAUCUCUAAUGGAUAAUCAUAACACUUUUGGUCACA